CGUCAUGGCUGUCACGCAGGGCACUUCGUUGUGACUGCGCAUCUCGGGAGUGGGCCAUGGACCAUUUAACGUUGUUUGGGAGGGAUAUUCCCCCGCGCCAGUGUUCCGAAGGUGGAAAUAUGCCCAUAUAUGCUGUUUAAUUCCGCUGAAUGGCUCCACUCCUGCUCGUCGCAGUGAUGAUCACCGUGCUGAUCGCAGCUGCGGGCUCCACAGGCUCCGGCGCAGCUUCAUCCGCAGCGUCCCUCUCUGCAGUGCACGAGCAGCGUCUGGCAAAGUUAUCAUUGCAUCUUGUGAAGCUCUCUUCCACGCACGACAGAGGCAGCGCUGGAAUCACAAGGGGAUCGCAGGCUCAAGCAUAUGCGCCUAUGCUUAAAGGAAUCUUUGACCACAUCUACCAGCUCAUCUUUGACUACAUCUUCAGACUGGAAGACCCGUUACCUUUUCCUCACUUUAACCUGAAAUUUGACAGCACUCUGGUUCGCGGCAAACUGUCGCUGACCGGGCUGCAGGUGAUGCAUGUGCGAGAGCUGAAGGUGCAAUCUUACUCACUCAACAUAGGCAGCAUGUGCGCAACGUUCCAAACAAUCCUGCCGCACUUCUCGAUUCACACCAACUAUGACAUUGUCGUGGAAAACGCCGCAUUUCCGGUACACCGCAAGGGAAAAGCUAAGCUUGAGAUGCAGAAUGUCAAUGUCGACACAGACCUAUGCCUCACUCUGUUCCCGUUGACGGUUAAGACGGCCCACAUGAAGGUGGUGGUUACCAAAAAUAAAGUAAAUGUGGAGAACUUGUUUCCCAACCAAAAACUCAACAAAAUUAUUAACGUUGCUGCAACGGAAGCUCUGCCGCCUUUGGUCCAAGAACUCCAAAAAGCUAUAACGUACUACAUAAUGCAAUAUAUUGACAAGCAAAUUCUAGACAUACUACCGUUUGAGAAUUUUCCGUAGCAUAAAUGUAUGUUGCCGACAUUAGGUUAAUCAUUUGUCAGCUUAAGGUAAGCGAGGCAGUGUGUAACAGACCUUUGUAUUUCGAAAAUGGCACGUCCAGAACGAAACGUGAAUGUUUAUAUUAUGUCUUCUGACUGAAUGACUAAGGUGAAUUGUCAUCAAUAAACCCGUGGUUGAAGAGGUGUAACGGAACGGCGGUGAGAGGGCGGCCAAGCCACGCUAACUAGUAAGCAAGGAGAAGCUGUUUUCUCCCUGUCCCCAUUUCUCAAUCCUUCCCUUUGUUACUCACAUUGAGAAAAUUUUUUGAGCCUGAGCACUUAACAUUUUGUCCCGAGACCGAAAGUUUCUGACGCACUAUAUAGUUGUGCCUGGGCACCAAAGUUUUGUUGCCGAGCAUUAAUUAAAAUUUUGUUGCCACGCACAGUAAUUUUGGUGGCGGGAACUAAUUUUUUUGUGCCAGGAGCAAAGUACGACGCACUAAACAACCGUCUAGUGCUCGGCAGGAAAAAUUCUUCUCCGUGCACUGCCCCACUGUCGUUACACACUGUGCAGCGUUGCCGCAGCGGUGCUCAGGGCGACAGUGACUGCCGGCUCUCCCGAUAGGUCGAGCCACCGUCGCGCUCCGGGUGAGCCAGAGGCCCUCCCCUAACUUGACGAACCUCGCUCAGUUGCGGACCUCGCUCAGUUGCCAACCUCGCUCAGUCGCCGACCUCGCUCACUUGCAGGGUCUCCCACCUCGCUCAGUUGCCGACCUCGCUCAGUUGCGCGCGUCUCGUUUUAUGGUCAGAAUACCAAUGAAAUAUUUGUAUAUUAUAUAUUACGUUUAAGUUAUAAAAUGUACCUGUGUCGCUGGCUUAAUACCGUCAGUUUUAAAGAAAUUACAAUGUAUGCGGUUUUAAAAUUAAAUUUAUUCAGAGUAAAACAAGUAA